CCCGACCCUUUUUCACGUUAUCACCCAUCACCCUUCUCUCUCUUCUCUCUCUCUCUCUCUCUCUCUCUCUCUCUCUCUUUUCUCUUGUCUUUUUGAACCCCCGUAGUAAGGAUGGCGUCUGGUGCCCCGGUUCUUUCGGCAGAAGAACUGCACACUCUAUCGGCGAAAGCUAUUGCGGCCAAAGCCACCGCGCAUUGUCCCUAUUCUCAAUUUCGCGUCGGGGCCUGCAUCCUGACCCGGUCUGGCGAGUACAUCCCGGGUGCUAAUGUCGAGAACGCCGCAUACCCCGUGGGCACAUGUGCUGAACGAGUGGCCUUUGGAACUGCCGUUGUUGCCGGCCAUAAAGAUUUUAAAGCCAUUGCCGUCGCCACGGAUAUAAAGCCCGCUGCAUCUCCGUGCGGUAUGUGCAGACAAUUUAUGAGCGAGUUCACUGGUCCUUCUUUCCCCAUCUACAUGUACGACGGAGAGGGUAAUUACAGCCUCACGACAAUGAACGAGCUCCUCCCCAGAUCCUUUGGACCUGGUGACUUUCCUGGUAAAGAGACGCAAUAAACCGACUUCAUUUUGUGAUGAAGCACCUUUCUACAGAACCUACCGCCGGGAUCCAAUUCUGGACUUGCACGCUCUUCCCUGUCUCCCUCUCAUCAGAUGUUUAGAGAAUCGCCGCCCUAAACCCUGCGUUAGUGAGAUGGGCCAGGAGCUGUAAAUGUUCGAGAUUCACAGGACAUGUGUAUUUUGUACAGCAGCUGUGACAAAUAUUGGUAUAAAAAAAUGAACAUUCGAAUUAGCUGUCCCAAAACAUCAACCCGCUGGUCAAACAACGGUCAAACACAUGCACUCGUUUUGUUCCAAUAACUGCCGGGGUUAAAUGAAUGAUCUGAAGUGGAUAUACGCUAGCUAUUCAUCGUUAUUACAUUAAAACCGAACAAGA